AUGGCUAAUGAUAGUUAUGAUAAUCAUAGGCAAUCGGAGAACAUGAAUGAAAAUGAUGAAGAGAAAGUGGAACAAUUGCUUAAAAAACUGUUCGACCAACCCUUUCAUCGUAAAACUCAAGGAUCUGCCAAAUUCAGUGAAAUGCAUAUGAAACGUAGUUUGUUACAUACAUUGAAAGCCUUGGGUUAUACGAUUGAUGAAGCGGAUAUUGGACAAAUGGUUGAUGUGGGUCUUGAAGUUUUGGCACAAACUUGGCGACGGAAAGAUGCUGAUUCUGAAAUUGCUUUUCAGGGUUUACUAACAAUACUUGAAUACUGCCUCAAUCGUUCAGCAGCAGGUUAUUCAUCCUUUGAGCAAUUCAUCAAUGCUCUUGGUUAUAAUGCAGUACAGUUUUGGCGUUAUGCAGUACCGUACAUUUAUGAUUCCGAUUUAACUUACGGUACCAAAUUUCGUGAUUCACUGUUGUUUGGCUUAACGCUAUAUGAUAUUAAUAAUGGAAAAAGUAAACUCAGGGAGCUAUACAAUUCAGUGCCAGGUGUUCGUAAAUCUUUACUUGGCGUUCAUGCAAAACGUUUUGGUGAACGAUUCCAUCAUUUGCAACGACGAUUAAGUAUUAGUCGAGAAGGUUCAUCACGAUCGAGCAUCUCUUCUUCCACCGAGUCAAUCUCUUCUCAAUCCAGUAAUAAAAGUGCUAACAGCUUAGCUGCCUAUCGUUCACGAACUGUCUCACGUACGGAAAAAUCACGAAGAUCACGUCGAUCAAUUUCACGUGGUGCAUCAGAGAGUAGCGUAAAUUCACGAGAACUGUCAAAAGAAGUAAUUGCAAGUGGAGGCUUGGCUAACACACAUUUUCAACAACGUGUAAUCAACGUUUCUAAUGCACCACCGGUUAGCUUGAAAAGGGAAAAAACAGGUGAAUGGGAAAUUAAACAAGGAUCUGGUGGUCUAGUUUCAGCGGUAGAUCCUGUAAUGUCAAAAGAUAAGGAAAAUGUUUGGCUUGCUAAUCUUGGAAUGAAUUUGCAUAAAAAACCAAAAAAAAGUAGAGAUCAUGGCAAUCAGAAUAUACAGCCAACAACAAAUACGCUAGGAUUACCAUUAUUGAAACAAGCAAAUGCUGAUGUUCUUUUUCAUGUGCUCACCGAUGAGCGAAAUAGUAAAGAGCAAGAUACUCAACAUGUCAGGGAAGAAAUGUCAUUAUUGGGUGUGUUGCAUAAUUAUAAUCGUGGUAAUUACAAAUUAAAUCCUGUAAUUGUCCAAGAAGAUGACUAUAACGUAUACUACGGUGGUAUAAGUAAUGGCUUAUUAUGGCCUGCUUUGCAUAAUUUGGAAGAAUUUAUUGUAAAAGAAUAUGAUGAACCAAAGGUUAUGCGUGAACAUUGGUAUGCAUAUGUUCGAGUAAAUUAUCAAUUUGCUAUCGAUGCUGUUCGAAAUAGUCGACCGCAGGAUUUCAUUUGGAUCCAUGAUUAUCACUUGAUGUUAACCGGAAUGAUUAUGCAAAGUUUGGAUGAAAAUCUCGAAGUUGGCUUCUUCCUGCACAUACCAUUUCAACCACCGGAAAAUUUUUUCACUAAAUAUGCUCUAAUUGGUUUUGCCGUUUUACGAGGCUUAUUACGAUUUAGCAAGGUUGGAUUUCAAACUCAUCGUGAUCGUGAUAAAUUGGUUGAAUUAUGUCGUCUUCAAUUACCAAGUGCUGAAAUUAAUUAUGAAAGCUCAUGUGAUGUAUUCUUUGUAACAUACAAGGGAUGGACUUGUUCACUUGGAGUUUUUCCGGUUUCGAUUAAAAAUGAAGACUUUUUAAAAUUUGUUCGAUUAACUGAAACAUGCCAACGAGCAUUAGAAAUACGAAAACAUAUUAUGGGAUCAAAUGCUCCACCAGAUGGUCGAUUAUUUUUCUCUGUUGAACGAUUCGAUUAUACAAAAGGAAUUAAAGAGAAAUUAUUGGCAUAUAAGAAUUAUUUUGAAAAAUAUCCGGAACGAAUUGGAAAAGAUGUAUUGUAUCAGGUUGCUGUAACAAAUAGACGUGCUGUUGAUACCUAUCGUGUUUAUCAAGAUGAAUGUAUUCUAUUAGCUGAAGGUAUCAAUAAAGUAUGUACCUGUCCAACUCGACCUAAUUGGAAACCAUUAAUUUUUCAAACAGAAGGAUUACCACGAAAAGAACUUAUUGCUUGUUAUUUAGCAAUGGAUAUUGGUGUUGUAACACCAAAAAAAGAUGGCAUGAAUUUGGUUGCAAAAGAAAUGCUCUUAUGUAAUCCGAAUGCUGGAUUAAUUCUAUCAUCAGGUGCCGGUAGUGAAGUACAAUUUUCGUCAGCCGGAUUUUAUCAGGAAAAUGGUGAUCAAUGUUAUAAACGAAUAACAAAUUUGUAUGAUUUGGAUAGCUAUUCAGAUGCAUUUUAUCAAGCUGCUAUUCAAGAUUUAUCAGAUCGUCGAACUAAUGGUUAUCGAUUGCAUAAUUUUAUCUUAUCCAAUGAUAUUGAAAAAUGGAGUGCAGCUUUCUUAGAUCCAUCUUGGACACAUCAAGUGAUAAGAUCAGUCGAAGUGAAAACAUUGGAAGAUUUCUAUACAAUUAUGCUACAAACACGUAACGUUAGACGUCAAAUUGUGGAACGUGUCCUAAAAGGUAUUCCAAUGCGUAAUCAUUUUGCUAUUUCACUAAAAAAUGCUUUCGAUUCACUGGCACGAAGUUGUGAAGCAAAUACAACAAUUCUUAAUCUAAAGACAGCAUCAGACGAAAGUAUUACGGAUUAUGCUAGUUUUGAUAUCAAAAAUGAAUUGGAUGAAUUUGAAAAAGAUUUAUGCUUUUUAAAAUUUAUCGAAAGUGAUAAUGUUUACAAUGUGGAGCAAUUCGUUGAUACAUUACAUGCUUAUCAUCCUAAAUCAUCACUAGCAUUUAAAGAAGAAGUAGCAGGUGCUGUUGGUCUUCUAUAUGACGCAGAUCAUUUUCAAUAUUUCUUUACGGAUCGUGAUGGCACUUUAAAAUCAUAUUCUUGUAGUUAUCAAGCUAGUAUACAACCAGCUUAUUCUGCUGUUAUUCAGGCUCAAUUUGCUAGACGUUGCGCUCAGACAUGCGCAAUUAUCACGACAUCACCUUUAAUGGGUGUUGGUAUAUUGGAUGUAAGUACAAUGCCUGAAGGUUAUUACUAUUAUGGUGCUUCUGCUGGACGAGAAUGGUUCAUUGAUCCACGGAAUAAAUUUCAUGAUCGUAGUAUAACUGCUGAACAAUUAAAAUUUCUUGAUAAGGUAUAUGACACUAUACAGGAACUUUUAAAUACCCAAGAGUAUAAGUAUUUUAAGUGUGUUGGAUCAGGCUUACAAAAGCAUUAUGGUCAUUUAACUAUUGCUCAUCAAGAUAUUUAUAAUUCAGUACCAAUUGAACAAUCAAAAAUGCUUCUAAAGAAAAUUAAUGAAAUUGUGAAUGAGAUAGAUGGAAUGCGACGAACAUUGGUUGUAAAUGAAGGAAGCACUGAUGUAAAAAUAUUUCUAAAGAAUUCAGAUGGAGUAGUUUUCAAUAAAGGUCAUGGUAUUGCAUUACUGGUCGAACAAACUCGUUGUAAAUUAUCCGAUGGUAAUAUUUUGGUAUGCGGUGAUAGUGAAUCGGAUUUACCGAUGGUAGAAGUAUGUUUAGGACGUAAUCCACAUAAUGUUUAUACUAUUUGGGUUACUGAACGAGAAGAUUUAAAAGAAAAGGUAAUGUCAUUAUGUGGUCGAUACGGGAAUAAAAAUGUAGCAUUUGUAUCGUGUCCCGAAGUGUUAUUAGGUGCAAUGGCUCAAGCAACAAUACGUGAAAUUAGCAUUAUCAGGCCACGACAUAAGCUAUUACGUAAAAGCAUAUAA